AUGAGGCUCAACAAUGUGACGGAGGCCAACGUCAUUGAAGUGCGAGGUUGGGCGACUCGGACGACGCUUGAUAUCAUUGAUCUCGCCGGUAUGGAUCACGACAUCAACUCCUCCAAGAUCCCAACAACUCCCUCAGUCGGCAGUACGAUCAGCGUCCAAUUCUGUCCGCUCUGCCGUAAUAUUUUGCAGGAGAAGCGGGACACUUUGAAAUCGGAUCGGACUAAAUGUGAUGUGGGCAUCAUCACCGUCGCACUGAAAAGCGCUGUCUUCACCAACGGAAAUCUCGUAGACCAGAUGAUGGCUUUCCUUGAGGCGGGACAUGGCGCGACUUCACACACCUUUCCAUGGGCUGCAUGCGCUUGUUGUCGGCACGGAGAAAUCCAAACACGCUUACGCGAAGAGAUUCGUGACGCGGAACCCACGAUUUCCGCCGCUGACAGGCCCACCUUCUUGACCGCUUUCUGCAACGAAGUCCUCCGCUUCUGCUCAUCUGUCCCAACCAUAGUCCGCGGGGCCAUUUGCGAGACCACCGUGUCCGGCUACCGAAUCCCCAAAGGAACAACCUUCACCAUUUUCCCCGGCGUGACAAAUCUUGAUCCGGAGCUCUGGGGCCCAGACACAGAUACAUUCGACCCUGAGCGCUGGAUGCGAGAGAGCUGCGCGAGAGGGCUAAGCGAAUUCCCGGGGUGUGCGAAAUAA